AUGGAUCCGGAUCCGCAUCCGUCAGUCCUAGGUGCAGAUGAGCAGCCCUCCACAACUACAAGUAACAUACUACAAACACCGAAUUUACCACAGCAUAUCUCCACUCCAAAAGGCGCACAAGUAGCUCCAGGUACUACUCGUCCACAACAAAGACGUCGGAGACCUGGCAGUCAGAUUGACAGGUCCAAAUACAUCUGCGUGUGGAAAGAAUGCGAUAAAGGAUAUGGAACGCUCGGCAAUUUGAACGCGCAUAUCACCAAGAAGAACCAUGGAGAGAAGCGUACAAGGCAGGAGAUUGAACUCGCUUAUAACUCACUAAGCUCACAUCCGCAGCCUUGCAGUGAGGAUGACAGCCCUGAAUACAUGUGCGAGUGGAAUGAUUGCGGAAAAAAGUUUUAUACGAACCAAGGUUUAAAGAUUCAUGUCGGCAUGAACCGCCAUAGACCGAAGGAUAUAUGGUCGGAGCUUGAAGAGAGCGAAUCGACUUUUUCAAAUGUUCGCGGUCAGGUUGGCGGGUCCAGACACAUCUGCGAGUGGGAUGGUUGCGGUAAAGAGUUUGAUACGAGCCAUGGUUUAAAGACUCAUGUCGGCAGGAAACGCCAUGGACCGAAGUGUAUAUGGUCGGAGCUUGAAGAGAGCGGAUCGGAACUUGCGACGAGCAGCAGCAGUGCUUUUAUAAAAGAUCAACCAAGUCUCGACGACACCACCGGGGCGAUCGAAGGCAAGGAUCUCACACCUCUUAUACCAGAACCGCCACUUUUUUCUACAAACCCACAACAGUCGAACACUGGUCUGGCACCUCCUCAACACCAUAAUGUCGACUCUCGUAAUCAAUUCAACGGUUUUGGGACGAGCGCGUUGAAUUACCUUUCACAACUAAGCGCAAACGACUUAGGAGCGAGUGGUGACGAUGCUGGGCAGGCUAAUUCGAACUACCUCAAUGGGCCAUAUCGUGGACUAUACGAUCACCCUGCAAAUUGCAGACCAGCAUUUUACGGUCCAAUUCCCACAAAUUCGACGCCGGAUGCCGCACCAGUGGCCUGGGUUGAUUCCCAAGUUCCUGAAGGAGCAGCCUUUUCGUACAACCAGGAUACAUGGGCUUGGCAAAUGCCAGCAGCAGACGUUGAAGCUGGUGGAUCGAGUAACUUGGCGUCCCUCGGUGGACCUGUAUGGAACGAUUUGGACCCUGCCUCUACACCUCAGUUAAAACACCCAACAGAUAGUGGGAUUGUCGGACAUCAACCUCAAUACUGGUACCCAAACAAUGCCCCAGGAAUGGAUGACGGCCAUUGGCAGCAGCACCCCACCAUGCCCAAACCGCAAACGUCCUACAACGAACAACAGUCCAUGGGAUUCCACCAGCAGGUACAACAGGCAGGCCCCAGUGUUGCCCACCUCAACCCAAGUGAUCAAGAGCUCUUCAGAAAUCCACGCAUUUACAUAGCACAAUACGAGUCUGGUGGUCAAUCUCACCGCGACUCGGAACAAACCUCGGGUUUCGCAUCUGCGCCUACGAAUUACAAUCCUGGCUUCUGA